AUGACAAAAAUACAGCCAUCAGAAACUACAACAACAACUGCUACUACGGAAACAAAGCCAGCGAAAGUUAAGAUCGGAAACAGAAGCAGAAAAGUUGUCAUCGCAAUUAUUUAUGUGGCCCUUAUGAUCGAUUAUAUGUUGACUACUGUUGUUGGUAAGUGUUAUUUGAUUUGAAUCUAUAUUAUAGUGAAUCUGUUUCAUUUCAGUUCCAAUUAUACCGGAUUAUCUGAUUAAAUUGUGGACCGAAGAUGGGAGUAUUGUACUGGCAGAGAACGAGACGGUCAAUUACUCUGAGACCAGCAUCCCUGUCGGAUUUCUUUUUGGCUCCAAAUCGGUAGUUCAGAUUAUUUUCAACCUGAUUGCCGGGCCUUUGACCAAUCGGUGAGUCAAUUAAAAACCUUGGCCCUUCUUCGACGAUUUAUUUAUCAUCACAUGUACGAUAUAAUUUUAAUAACUUUCCAGCCUUGGAUACCCUAUUGUGAUGUUCGUUGGAUUCAUUUUAAUUGUAGUUUCCACCAUCGCUUUUGGUUUCAGCAAGGCUUAUUGGACCUUAUUCUUUGCCCGUUCUGUUCAAGGAAUUGGAUCAGCCUUUACUUCAACUGCAGGCAAAAUAAUAUCUCUAUAAAAAACAUAAAUUAUCCUUCAGGUCUUGGAAUGGUCGCCAAGAUGUACACCGACGAAGUGGAACGAGGAAAAGCGAUUGCAACAUUGCUAGGAGGUCUCGCCUUGGGAGCUUUGAUCGGCCCAGCUUAUGGAGGUCUAACUUACGAAUACGGCGGAAUAUUGUUGCCUUUUGGGAUUUUGGCAGUCUUCGCUUUGAUCGACGGAGGUGAGAACUCAGAAUAAUAAACAGAAGUCAUCUUGUUUGAGGCCUCCAAGCGAUUAUUCUUCGACCGACAAUUCAGCGAGAGGAUGUAGAAGGAACUCAUGUUGGGAAGCUCCUGAUCGAUCCGUACGUAAUGAUCACAGCUGGUGCCAUUUUGAUAGCUAACAUGGCCAUCUCCGUCCUCGAGCCGUCUCUUCCUCUGUGGAUGAUCGAGAAAUGGAACUCUUCCUCUGUCGCUCAAGGCCUCGUCUUCUUCCCGUUAACUCUUGGAUAUCUAAUUAACACUCAAAUAUUCGGCGCUUUGGCCCAUAACUUUGGCAGAUGGAAAUGCGCAAUGGGAGGGAUGAUUAUGAUUGGAUUGGCCGGCAUUAUGAUCCCUUUCUGCCCCAACAUUUACUUUUUACUGCUUCCGAUUACACUAACAGGAUUGGGAAUUGGAAUUGUAGACAGCACAAUGUUUCCAACGCUUGGUACUGUAGUCGAUAAGAGGCACGCCGCGGCGUAUGGAUCAGUGUAUGCGAUUGGGGACUCCUCGGUUUGUGUGGCUUUUGCUGCGGGACCUUUCUUGGCUGGGCCGUUCGUCAAAUGGUUUGGAUUCAAAUAGUAAGUUGAUCAUUGGGUAACGAGAGAGGAAAUUUAAAAAAAAUUAAACUUUCUUUUCUGUCAGCAUGAUGAUCAUCAUGAGCAUUAUCAACAUCCUCUACACUCCUUUGCUGAUCUUCCUCAAACGAUUGGACACCAUGGAAAGGACUGAUAGUAAAGCGAAUACAGAAGAGAAUAAGACAAAAACAGAAGAAACACCUAAGGACAUUGAAGGGAUGAAUAACAUCAGCCUAAGCAGAAGGUCCUCGGAAGUGAAUAGUCCCAGUAACCAGUCGUUAAAGUCAUUAACACUGUCAUAGCACUCGAUUACUGUAUAUAAUAUUGUUGUUGUCGACGAAAUAAAUCAAAAUUUAUCGUUGAUUUUGACGAAGUUUUACUGUUCUCUUAGAAUAGGUCGAGGAUUUGCAUUUGCCUUUGUAGUUUAUUUGCAAGACCUAUUGUAGGGAAGCCAAAGCGUAUAUUGAAAGUUUAUAGAAGUUUAUCCUGUUCGGAUAAACUUUUGUAAUAUUUACAUGACCAUUAAUGCGGCAUUAGGCAAUUUUCUUUGCUCUUGGUGACAUCACCCUCAUGGCAAUGAAAAUUUUUUGGGUUUCGUUUGUCGACGGAAGCUGCUUGAUAAUUUAUGCAAAAUCCGAGUCCGGUUAGACCCUGAUGAAAUCCAAUUUUCAAUAAUUUACAAGUUCAUUCAACCAAAGCCAAACUUUUUUGCAGAAGAUUUUGCUCUAUUCGUGUAUUUCGAUUUGUAAUUAUAAUAAUUUUAAAUUGUGCCUUUUUAGCGUAACCAUGGCUCAAAUCCAGCCAGCUUCAGAUCCCCCAAUAAAAGACAAGGUGACAGUUAACAACCGAAGUCGCAAAGUAGUUGUGGUCAUCAUUUAUGUGGCCUUGAUGAUUGACUACAUGUUGACGACUGUUGUUGGUAAAUCUUACUACAUCUCUGUUUUUAUUAUCUGAUUUCAGUUCCAAUUAUCCCGGAUUACUUGAUAAAACUAUGGAUAGAGGACGGUAGUCUAAUAUUAAAAAAGAACGAGACAGUUGACUACUCUGAGACAAGUAUUCCUGUCGGUCUUUUGUUUGGGUCCAAGUCUGUGGUCCAGAUCAUUUUCAAUUUAAUCGCUGGUCCAAUGACAAAUCGGUAGGUUAUUUGGCGUAAGAUACGAUUUAUUUCUUUGCGCCAUGGUCAAUGUUUUGUAUUUAGAAUAGGCUACUCAUUAGUGAUGUUUAUUGGAUUCAUGCUUUUGGCAGUUUCCACAAUAACCUUCGCCUUCAGUAAGGCGUAUUGGAUGAUGUUUUUGGCCAGAUCCGUGCAAGGAAUUGGAUCUGCUUUUACUUCAACUGGAGGUAAGGAUGGGACUCGGAAAAUUUUCUGGGCCUCUCUCCUGAGGAUACCUACCUUUUCUAUUGUUAUCGCAUGUGACCGUUUUAGGUCUUGGCCUCGUCGCAAAGAUGUACACCGACGAAGCUGAUAGGGCCCGAGCGCUAGCUUCAGCACUUGGUGGACUGGCACUGGGAGGUCUGAUUGGUCCAUCUUAUGGCGGCAUCUUGUACGAAUAUGGCGGAAUGAUACUUCCGUUUGGAAUCUUAGCUGUACUGACCUUGAUCGAUGGAGGCAAGGUUUCUGUUGGUGUUUUACCUAUUUUCCAGGGCUUCAAGCAAUAG